AUGAUGGACGCUUCUGCUAGGAAGACUCGUAAGUCUCCUCGUAAAAAAGCUUGGGCGUCACCUCCAAAGGCUGAGCAGCCGGCACGGUCCUUUUCCAUUUUUGUCGAAUGUGGAGUGGAUGACAACGGAACUUCUAUGAAGAAGUCCUCACAAAAGGAAGAGUCUCGUAAGCGUCAUUGGAGAGCUGAAUCACCUGCUUGCUUUGAUGAGAAGUGCGAAAGCUUCUCACCUGUAAGAAGAGCUACACGAGGUGGAUCACCAUCGAGUGGACGGCCUGCAAGGAAAAAUUUGAAGACUGACGCUUCUGUGCGAAGUCCUUUCAGGAACAGAUGUAUUUUCUCAUCAACGGCAUCAAAAGAUACCCACUCCAAUGAAUUCACUCCAAAGGACUUCUGGGAAAGCCCUACUCUUGGGUGGUGUAAGGAUAAGGCCACGCUCGAUCGGCGCACAAAGGAGAUCGAGCGUGCUAAGGAGAAGCCAGUGUAUGCCCGUUAUUUGGAGGAGAUCCCCCGCCAGCAACGUAUAAAGGGUGUUCACCCACGUACACCAAACAAAUAUCUCAAUUUUAGUCGCAGGUCCUGGGAUGCCCAGAUCAGGAACUGGAAACGUAGUUUGUACCUUUGGGCUGGCGAGGAACCCUCUGAUUCUGUCAACACUUCAUUCUGUAGUUACAGUUCGGAAGAAUCCAAACAGAGUGACGUGGGCCAAGAGAAUCGUAGCGUGUCUGUCUUCCAUAGCAUAAGAGAGGUUGAUGAAAUUCAAAUACGGCCUGAAACAGAUGCAAUGGCUUCUCUGUUGGAUCAUUUUGAUCUUGAUUCCCGUAAAGGGGAUGAAAGUACUUUGAAGGCUCCUCUUAGUGGAAAGAUAUUGGAUGAACCAGUUGAUUUCUCUACGUUGAAGGCAUAG